AUGGAUCAACAGCUUCCUCUUAUUCCCCUAACUAUAUUUGGAGGUGGUCUUCUCAGUGGUGUACCUGAGCUACCAGAGUUGUAUGGAGAUAUUAUGCUCGACUUGGAAGAUAUCGUCGAUUGGCGUACGCUCGAAGACGACCCGACAAUGCUAGAAAUGGAUGGCGCAUCAACCUUAUGGGGAAGUGAGAUUGGCUCUGUCCAAAACUCACCAAACUUCACCAUUUCUGACCCCCCUGCCGUUCCCGUUUCGAAGGAGUCUGAUUUCCUCGAUCAUACAAUGACCCCAAUCCCGCGUCGCAUGAGUACGAGCUCGUCCCCGUCCUGUUUCGAGGACGUCGCACAUAUGGGCGUUCUGUCGGCGAAAGGACCAGGUUUCCCUGCCCCCUUUACUACCAAGGUUGUGACAUGA